CUUUUGAAUUUUCCUUUCUUCCUCAAACCUUUUCCCUCUCUCUUGUGUUUUACAUGGAUGAUCUAAAAAUUUGUGUUCAAAUGAAAUUUGACCGACUUUUUAUAACCCUCUUCUACCAACAUCAAAAUUUUCUUGCUUCCUCUUUUUCCUCUCGCUCUCUUCCAAAUAGGACGCCGUGGUGUCUCGUCAUCUGUUUGUUCAUGGUAACGAGUCACACUUGUAGACCUUGCACCUUUGAAGAUUUGUAGAUGUGGGUCAUCAGUGAAGAUUUGUAGACUUGUUUGGAAGAAGCGAGAGGAAAGAGGGAACGGAGAAAGUCAAUUUUUUGUUUUUGAAAAGGGUUAGAAAAACUUAUUUUGAAAAAGCAGGUCGGGUUUCAUUUGGACUUUAAAAUUUAGGUCAGUCCGUCCAAAUAACCUAACUUCCUCCUCAUUUCUUUUUAUGUAAAAAUCAAACCUUUACCGAAUUACAUAUAAAUAUCAUACCUAAUCUCUUAGCUGUAUUUGUAUGUGUAUGUGGGUCUCUCUAUUUUUAUAUAAUAAGCUGUAUGUGGGUCUCUCAAAGAUUAGACAUUCAGAACAAUCACCGUCAAGUAUUCAUUAAUGUUGGAUCUGACUUAUGAUUAUAGUUUAUCAUAAUUUUGUCUUUUGAUGUAUAAUUGUCUUACAUCUGGACCUUAAUUGAUGGUCCAGAAUUGAUUUUUCCAUCUUAUUACGUUUUGUUCUUUCGAUUAUCUAAUUAUGUGAUUUCAUUAGAUGGUGACUUCCUCUGGGGUUUUCCCAUUUUCUUAUGCAUUACUCUUUAAUUUCUCUGUUUUCCCAUAUUUUCAAUUGGGUUUUUAGGAAACGUUUUGUUCUUUUAAAUCCUUCUUGACAUAGCUGGCAUCAAUAAGAUAUAUAUGUGAUGAUAUUCAAAUUGUAGAUCCAAUGCAAUCUAACCAACUGUUGUCAUUGUUUAGAUUAGGACAACUUUUUUCUUUUCUUUUCUAAAUUAAGUUAAAUGGCUAUCUUUUGACUUGGGUUUCUAUUUUAUUUCCACAAUUUGUUGGAAGAAGACUAAUUUCUAAUGAACCCUUUAGUCAAUAUGAUAUUGGGUUAAUACUUUCUUCAAUUACUGGGAUUUCCAUUUUGGAUUUUAUUGUAAGUUAUUUAACUACCAUUACAUGGUAACUGUUUGGUCAGAUUCAAAUUCUCUAUUAUUUGGAUUUGUGUUCACUGUUCAUUGUCAAUUAUAUUGUGCACAUGGUUCAUAUAGUUUUCUGUUAAGUCAAACAUUCCUGUUGCUAGCAGUCAAAUAGAAAAAAAGAUGUUCAAUGAAGAUGAUGACAAAACAUUCAAGCUUGUGUUCACUUUGGACAAAAGCCAUAUAUUCCCACUUUAUAGCUGGAACAGUUUCUUUGGUGUGUUUUGUCCUUUUUCAUUUUGUUUCAAGGUCGACAAUUGCAAGUCGAUUGAAUCAUUGAUCUUUGAGAUGAUUAUUGGUGUUUAGUUUAUUAAAUUAUGCUCGAAUUGACAGAUGGUUUGUCUUUUUCUAAGAAUUAAGAACAUGUAAUAAGCAGCCGUAAUUAUAUUUAAGAGUUCCAUCCGGGGUAGAUUUGCAAGUACACACGGACUUUUCUUGUCUAUAAAUAUGUGUGGUAUUUCCUGUUUUUGAAAGACGUGUCUUAGUUGUUUUCAUUUGUUCCUCCUGAGCUAUUCUUCAUUCUUGUGGAAUAUAUGCUUUGUUUCUGAGUUCCCAGACGAGGCUCGCCAUUUCUGGAGGGAAAGAGAACUCUAUUCUUGAAGAUUUUUUUUAUUCCAAGUCUGAGAUUUUUCUUCUGAUUGAAGAGAUAGUGAUAGAACUUACUUGAUUGGAGGUUCAUCAGACUGGAUACUCUCCUUAACAUUCUUCUUCUCUAUCUGUCCUGACAUUUUCCUCUUAGAACAGUUGUUUUGAAGGUGGUGGUACUUCAUCAUGGAAAAUGGAAAAUAUCAAGAAUAUACACCCAACGAGUUUCCUGAGGUUCCACCAUUAAUCAAACACAUAUCAUCACUUGAAGUGGCUGGCUUUGACAGUAUUGAAGAGAGUAUUGAAGAGGGUAACCUUCCAAAUAAUCAGUUUCAAUCGAGUUGUUCUCAUUCCCCCUCUAGUCUGCCUAAUGGAAAUUCAUCAUCACCUGCCGCACAAAGUGAUAUCGAACUUCAGUUCUUUAACCAUCAAAGAAAACAUUCUGUUUCUAUCAGCAUGCCGCCUUCCCCUGUGGGAGCUCACCUGACCCCCAAAAGAGUUCUCUUCGGUGGUGAAACAAUUAUAAACAAUGGAACCUUGGGUCCUGCUUUUGUGGGAAAAUCAAAGAAAGAUGCAAUGUUUCACUCUCAGCCAAUUCCGAAGGGCUCUACGUUUGAGGAUGCGAUGAGGAACAUGAAUGCUGCACAUCACCCUAGUAGAAGAUUGAAGGACAAAAGAUAUGAUUCUUUCAAAACAUGGUCUGGAAAACUUGAAAGACAAUUGACUCUACUUCGUGGAAAGUCGCCACGACAAACUAGUCCAGAUGAAAAUGAAGCUCAGGGAGCUGGAAUUGAGAACAAUAUACCCGUUGACCGAUACUUUGCGGCAUUGGAAGGUCCUGAGCUGGAAACACUAAGGGCUUCAGAGGAAAUACUGCUCCCAGAUGACAGGACAUGGCCUUUUCUACUCCGAUUUCCUAUUUCUUCGUUUGGUAUCUGUCUGGGUGUUAGUAGCCAAGCAAUCAUGUGGAAAACACUGGCCACUUCAGUUUCCACAAAGUUCCUUCAUUUGAGCCUGAAAAUAAAUCUUGUUUUAUGGAUCAUUUCCAUUGCUCUUAUAGUCACUGUCGCUUCCACUUACCUUCUGAAAAUUCUUCUUUACUUUGAAGCCGUUCGCCGUGAGUAUUACCACCCAAUUCGUGUCAACUUCUUCUUUGCACCAUGGAUAGCGCUCUUGUUCUUAGCAAUUGGUGUUCCUCCAUCAGUUGCCACCAACCUGCCUCCAGCAAUUUGGUAUGUUCUCAUGGUUCCAUUUUUAUGCCUGGAGCUUAAGAUUUAUGGGCAAUGGAUGUCGGGAGGCCAACGAAGACUGUCCAAAGUGGCUAAUCCUACAAACCAUCUCUCCAUCGUGGGGAACUUUGUGGGGGCUUUGUUGGGAGCUUCAAUGGGAUUAAAGGAAGGGCCCAUAUUCUUCUUCGCAAUUGGAAUAGCUCACUAUUUAGUCCUUUUUGUAACUCUAUACCAGAGACUACCAACCAAUGAGACACUCCCAAAGGAGCUGCAUCCAGUAUUCUUUCUCUUCAUAGCAGCACCAAGUGUUGCAUCUAUGGCAUGGGGAAAAAUUCAAGGCUCCUUCGACAAUGCUUCACGAAUGAUGUACUUUAUUGCUAUGUUCCUCUAUUUCUCACUGGUUGUUAGAGUCAACUUUUUCCGGGGCUUCAAGUUCUCGCUGGCCUGGUGGGCAUAUACUUUUCCUAUGACUGGUGCUGCCAUUGCAACUAUAAGAUACUCAACUGAAGUUACAAAUAUAUUUACACAAGUUUUGUCUGUUGUACUCUCUGUCACUGCUAUAAUUAUAGUAGCAUCUCUCCUUGUGACGACUAUCAUCCACGCCUUCGUGCUUCGUGACCUCUUUCCUAAUGACAUUGCUAUAGCCAUUAGUGACAGGAAGCCAAAACCACAUAAGAAUUGGUUCCAACAACUAAGACAUGGAAGUUCAGAAUCCCAAGAUAUCGAAAGCUUCUUGAAGUUUUCAUGCUCAGAUAGCAAGGAUUCAGAAGCAUCUCUUAGACCAAGAACUUCUGAAGGCGAAGACGUGAACCCCCAACAGUCAAAUGAUCAGCUCCACUGAUCUCAGGCUCCCCCUUGUAUAAAAAUCGCUACUCAAACAUAGGAGGAACUUGAUUUUGUAGUUUUAAUGGUUCCAAUGAACAUGUUGGAGUUGGAUUUAUAUGCAACUGAGAGUUGUAAGAAAUAGUUUUUUUUGUUAGAAAUAUUACGUAAUGUAUUAAGAUGUGUGUAUCAUCUACAAUGGGAUUGAUAUCUCGUUCAUGUGGGAUAUGAAUAAAGUAACUAUGUUAAGUAUCCAGUCAUGAGUUUUGCUAA